AUGUUACAUUUGGAAGAACCCGCUUUAUAUCUUGUUCUCAGAAUGCAAAUAUUGCUUGAUGGAAAUAAUUUUAAAAAGAAUAUUAUCAAUCAUUUAUCGCGAUUAAAAAAAGUUUUAAUAUUCGAUAAUAAAGUCAUUUGUUGUGUUGAUUAUUUUCGUGAAAAUGGACUCUGUCAAUGCCAUAUUUAUUCAUAUCCAUAUUCGCUGACACAUUAUCGAAGUAUCGCAAACAGUUUUCCAGGUGGAUUUUUUAAAUGUGUUCGUCAAGUAUCGUUAUCUGAUGAAUGUCCUUUUGAACAUGAAUUUUUUCUUCGAAUUGCACAAUCAUUUCCAUGUCUUAAAACCUUAUCUGUAGCUGAUUGGAAAGCUCAAAAACAUAAACAUUGUCGAACAAGAAAUGGCAAUGAUAAACGUCAAUCAAUCAUUGAAUAUCCUCAUCUUGCCAAUCUUGAUCUUCUCUGUGUUCAUGUUGAUUAUGUCACACAAUUUCUCGACAACAAAAAAACAUCUAUACCAAAUAAUCUCUCUGUUUGUGUCGAUUAUCGUUCUCUACGAAAGGCCACACACAAUUUCACACGAGACACAUCGUGA